AAGAACAACUCCGGCCGGCCCGCGGGGGCUGCCCCCUCCCCAGUCACGUGGCCUGGUGGGUGGGGACCGAUGUGAAGUUGGAGAAAUCCCGAGCGAUCCCAACUUUAGAGUGCAACGCCCGUCCUCCCGAGCUGGGGCUUAGGGCUCUGGGGCUCCAGGAGGGGCGCGGAAGAGGGAACUGGUGAAGCCGAGAAGCAGCGCGGACGGCGGGAAUCGGGGCAUGGCCCAGCUGUCGGUGAUUCCGGGGUCAGCCACGGCGUGGUCAGGGCUCCUCACCGAGGGCGGCCGCAAGGAGACGGACAUGCGGGAGGCGGCGUCGCUGCGGCAGCAGCGCCGGAUGAAGCAGGCGGUGCAGUUCAUCCACAAGGACUCGGCCGACCUGCUGCCCUUGGACGGCCUCAAGAAGCUGGGCUCGUCCAAGGACACGCAACCUCACAACAUUCUGCAGAGACGGCUCCUGGAAACCAACCUGUCUAAGCUGCGAAGCAGUCGUGUCCCUUGGGCCUCCAAGUCCAGCAGACUCAGUCAGGCCAAGUCGGAGGGGCUCAGGAAGUCUGAGGAGGACAUGAUCUGGGUUUCUUGCCAGUGUGCUGGAAAGGAUGUGAAAGCCUUGGUUGACACGGGCUGCCAGUACAAUCUCAUCUCUUCAGCCUGUGUGGACCGCCUGGGACUCAAGGAGCACGUCAGAUCUCACAGGCACGAGGGAGAGCAGCUCUGUCUCCCCCGGCAUCUGAAAGUGAUGGGGCAGAUUGAGCACCUGGUGAUCACCCUGGGCUCCCUCCGCCUGGACUGCCCAGCAGCCGUGGUUGAGGACAAUGAGAAAACCUUGUCUCUUGGUCUCCAGACUCUCCGAUCUCUGAAGUGUGUCAUAAACUUGGACAAGCACCGGCUGAUCGUGGGGAAGACAGACAAGGAAGGGAUCCCUUUUGUGGAGACGGUUGCCGUGAGUGAAGACAACACUUCAGAAGCAUAACUAGAGCCUGCAGCGUGUCUGCACGUGUGCACACACACCAGGGUGACAGAAUGAGAAAACUGGGUUUGAACCAAAUGCAGUAGCACCUGCUGUGGACCAAGCUCUCCCUCUGGUAGAAGCUCCAGGGGCUCCUUCCCACCCAAACCCCUAGACUGUAGUCUGUGCUUCGAGAUCUUGUCUGGUUGUAGCCGUUAUUUUUUACUCCUUUGAUCACUUACCGUAUAGACAUUUAUGACACUGCCAGGUCUCAGUUGUGGCCUAUUUCUCUGCUUCUUCCAGGAAUUUGCUUUUAUUAGUCAAGCUUAGGGGCUGCCAGGUUCUGUUUCUCCAUAGAUGGCACUUGCAUCUUUUCCUCCAGCUCGUGUUGAUGACCAGGGACCCGACCUUGGCUGCCCCUGAGCUAUCUCACAGAGAUGCAGGAUACCUGAGAUGUCUCAGCAUUAGAACUUCUUCUAAGUCGUUCACUGAUUUCUCAAGUACGAGUUGGUCUGAAAGAGCCCAGAGAGAUCAUCGGGUCCAGCCCUUCCUCUUGAAGGUCCGAGAGGCAAAGCGAAUUGUCCGAGCUUACGCAUUGAGUCAGUGGCAGAGGGGACCUGGAUCUCAGACCUGACAAAGCCCGCUCUCCCACGUGCUCCAUUUGUUGUCAGGCCUCGAGAGGAGAUGGAAGAGGUGGGGGUUGUGAAAAGACAAGGUGGGGCUCUGGAGACGGACGCCGGGAGGAGCUGAUGUAGCCCUCCCUCCUGCGCGCUAAGCCCACUAAAGUCCCCGACCCAGACCGUCCCAUUUAGGUGCUUACCUUGGUGCCUAAGAGACAUGGGUAUAAGGGACGGCCUCUCAGCUUGAAUUUCUUGGAGGGAGGAGGAAGAAGGGAGCGCAGACAGAAGCACAUCCGCCACUCUCUGAGAUGGAAUUGAAGGCUUCAGUUAACGGUCUGGGCCUCAUUGUCAGACCUUGUUACCCCUGAGAUGCGGUCAGCACUUCUGCUUAGCCUGUCGUUUGUCUGCCUUGGACUCGGGUAGCUGGGCGCAGGAGUAGGGAAAGAUGAAAAAACCCCAAGCAGGUCUAAAGGAGAAGGGCAGACUCAGCUGGUGGGGAGGCCCAUUUAGGGAAACCUUUCUGGGAUGGAAGUGAGAGACGAAACUUCCUGGCAGGGAAUUGAGGGCUGGGAAGCUCGUCCUGGUACAAGGAAAGAGGCAGGCAGAAGCUGGCAGUGUUAAGAACUCUUUCUGACUGCCCCCUAUUUCCUGACCCCCUCAUAGGGUUGGAGAUCGCAGGGUUUCUCGAAGCUUUCUGUUGCAGUGUCAGUUGGGCACAUAGGCCCCUGUAAUGGACUCUCCCCUUCACUUGGGUCAGGCAUGUGCUCAGAGAAGUCAGAAAAACAGCCAUCUCUGGGUGUCCCUUUAAGAGAUUCCAAGGUCACCUUGGUUCAGAGCAGUGGUUCCCCGAGUGUUUACUGAUCCCACUCUGAGCUUGGCCGGGGCCCACCAGCCAUCUCGCCUAGUGUCCACGUGCUUUCCUACCAAACGACUCUUUGGAGCUCUGAGUACGUUUAGCUUUACAGAAGCUCCCUAAAGACUAGGAAGUUGGCGACCCCCAUUUGUACAGCUGGGCAGCCGUACCGCAGCCAAUUGUCACUGGGUCAUCCCCAGGCCCCCGCCUCAUCAGACUCUACAGAGAAACCUAAGCCCAGCCACAGUAGGGAGGCCAUGUUACUGGCCUGCAGGGUGCCCUCAAAGUACCCCCAUUUUUUAGCAAAGGGGCACGUGCGCCUUUCCGCUGAGACCUCUCGGCUCUCCUCCCUGGGCACUUUGGCCCGCUUCUUCUCCUGGGGCCCAGCUGGAACAUGUCACCCAUUCCUUCCCUCGUUGAAAGUUCCACGCUGAGCCUUGAUUCUUGGCCACGACUGAGGCAUGUUGGAAGUUCCUUGGCCCGGUUUAUUCUUAUCUGGGUUCCUUAUGGACCACACGAGGCCGGGAAUUCUCAGGUGCUAGGAAGAUGGCACUGGUUCUGGCCCUUAGCGUUCAGGAUUGUGUGGUGUCUGGGGGAUGAUGAGAUGGCCUCUAGUGGUCUUCUUGGCCUCUGAAAAUGAGUCAGCGAUUUUCCAGUUUUGGAAUAGAGGCAGUUGGGGUGGUCUGAGCUUAGGGUAUCAUAGUCUCUCUCAAUUUAGUCAAAUCAUUUGAAUUCACCAACCAAAUAAUUGUGCUUUAAACCUCAGCCCUGAUAGAGGUACCUAAAAACAUCUGAGCUUCAUCAAUCUUCUUGAAAUGCUGCCAGGUUGGUGACUCUGGGAGCCCGUGGCUCCUCAAUGUUCGGGAGGAAGCGCUGGUCUGCUUCUGGAUAAGCAGGUAGGGCCGCUCUCCCCGGCGCCUCUGAUUGAGGACGUGGGCUGGGUGUCUACCCAGGUCGCAGCUCGGCAGGAGAGGCAGUGGCAAGGCGCAAGUCUCUACAACUGCCCCUUCCUCACCUUAUCAGGUGUCCCUCUCAAACACGGGGGGUCUGAGAAACGUCGUUUUGGGUGUUUGGUGUUUCUAUGCCUGACUCAUUCGAGGAGCAAGCGUUUUCUGACGUUUCUCUUUCCGUGCCCUGCACCGAUCCCACCUGGUAGGAUUUCUGAUCCUCAGCUCAGAGGGUCUGUAAAUGGACUGCAAGGCUGGUCGGCUGCCUUCACGCUCGUGUCAUAGAAACCUCUUCCCAGGCCGGGAACGUGGAGGAGACGCACUGGCUUCUCCUCCUGUUGCCAGGCUCUGCGUUAGCACUUUACCUGCUCAGUGUUUCUGGCUGUGUUGGGUUUAUUUGUGAGAUUAAUGUGCUAAUAAAGUUAACUCUUCCACUC